AUGGCGUUCUCACACGAGCCCCUUUCUUGCUUUCAAGGAUUCUGCGAUCUCGACAAAAGUAAAAACUUACCGCAUUCUUUCUAUAUACCAUGGAUAGGACUUCGAGGAUGGAUCGACCUAUCAGGGCAGUUCUGUAGUAAGGCGACCCAAACGGGGUUGAUACUGUCCUCGUUCAGAAGUGCCUUUUUCUGUGGAGUCUGGAAAUGGUCGUACAACAAGAUUAUGAAGCCUUCCGUCUACCUGGCAAUUUGGGUUGACGCCGUUCUUAUCGAGACCGGCGAAUUUCUCAUCUGGGCCACUUUGCCAUCUUACUGCCUAGAUGUCAAACCCAGGCGAGAAGUUUCAAGCAACAUUGAUUCGUAUGGGACUACUCGAACGUACGCGGGAUCUGGGACUGGUCCCGGCAGUUCAGCCGGAAGCAGUCAGCAGUCACCUAUCCUGCUAAUGGGUGAUCCGAUCGGGGAUCAGGGGCUCGGCUCUCUACAAGUCAGCUGUCGUCCACCUGAUCUGAAGAGAUUUCCUGGAACGGCACGCUGCUCACGUUCGAAGAACAGUGGAGCGAAUAGAUGGACGGAAGCCGAGUGUGGGGUCGUGGAAGAGUCACCUCAAUCGUAA